AUGUUUUACGACUGGAUCGUAAAUAAAAUCACACGAUUUUAACAAAAUUAGAAGUUAAUCAAUUUAUAAGGUAAUUGUUACUUGCGACUCGGACUCGAGCUACCGUCCGGAGAGCCAGCAGUCGGGAUACUUCUGGGGCAAAACUGAGAAUGACUGGGCUAGAUCAUCCUCGCGGAAGUGGUGGCGGCAGUUGCACUGAGGGGUGAGUGCCGACAGUUGGAUAUAAAGACAGGGGAGAUAAGAACCACCCUAGCCGGUUUGAGGGGUGUGUGGCUUAGAUCACAGUGGCUCAUCACCGCAGAAGGACAGCUAAGAGUGGGAUGGUCAUCGGCAAAAGUCACACCUCUGCCGAUACAUCCCAUGCAAUGCUAUAGAUGCCUGGAAGUUGGCCGCGUACGAUAG